AAUUUCAAUUUCCCUGACUUUUCCCAGUUUUCCCAGUUUUCCAGAUCUGUGGCAACCCUGUUAAAGAGUCUCUUUCACCAAUCUCGGUUAAAUUAACCAACGGUUACAUGGGGUUUAUUUAGGCCCAGUUUCACACAACUCAUGACUAACUUUUAACCGAGAUUUAACUUAUUUUAAGUAAUAAUGAGUGAUGAAACUGAGCCUAAAUGAGUCCUAUGUAACUGUUGAUUUACUUAACCGAGAUUGGUGAAAGAGACCCUUUAUUUGUGAAAAGUUUGCAAGACCAGUUUGGAUCAGUCUGAAAAAUGGCAAACACGUUUCUGUAUUUCGCUUAUGGGAGUAAUUUAUGCGCUAAGAGAAUACAUUUAUGUAAUCCGACCGCAAUAAUGAAGGACAUCGGUUACAUAAAGAAUUUUAGGCUGGAUUUUUACAGAUAUUCUAAACGAUGGCAUGGAACAUCUGCCACAAUUGUAGAAACGGAACAUUCAGUGGUAUGGGGUGUAGUCUGGGAAUUAGACAAAUGCAAUUUAGCUACAUUAGACUGUCAAGAAGGUGUUCAAGAUAAUAUAUAUCGUGCAAUGUCAGUAAAUGUUGAAACUCCUGAUGGUAGAACUCUAAAUUGUCGAGUGUAUCAGCAAUGUAAUAAUCCAAAAGAAUAUAUAAAGCCAGCAGACUUUCCAAUGGAUAAGAGACCUUCACCAUUAUACCUAAAUACGAUUUUAAAAGGGGCUGAAGAAAACAAACUUCCCACUAAUUAUAUAAAAUUCUUGAAAACCAUUCCAGAUAAUGGAUAUGAAGGAAAAUACGACAUUAGCUUUUCUCUGCUUUAAAAUUGACAUCUACAACAUUUUUAUUGUACGAAUAUUUUUGAUAAUACGGAUGGAGGAUCACGUAUUCUAACGCUG